ACCCUUAAAACAAAAUUUAAACUAAAAAAACAAAAAACCUAAAAGAGGCAUUUGUUUCGCUUUGCCCUCACAAACCUCCACCAUCAUCAUCUUCCAUGGCGGCCACUUCUACCAUCUCAUCUUCCCUCUCUCUCAAUGCUAAACCCAACAAACCCUCCAAGCCUCUCCGUUUCCCCCGUACUCCUCUCCUUAAACCCUCCUCCUCCUUCUCUCCUCUCCCCGCUUCCCUCUCUUCCUCUUCUCCUUCUCUUCCUCUUACAGUUCUUUCCUCGAAAAACGCAAACCACCCUCUCGCCCUCGACGACAACGAUGACUACGACGAGAAGCCUCGUGAGGAGUGCGGCGUCGUCGGAAUCUACGGCGACUCAGAAGCCUCACGCCUCUGUUACCUAGCCCUCCACGCGCUCCAACACCGAGGCCAGGAAGGUGCAGGUAUCGUAACCGUUAGUAAAGAUAAAGUCCUUCAGACAAUAACAGGUGUUGGUCUUGUCUCCGAGGUUUUCAACGAGUCCAAACUCGACCAGUUACCAGGCGACAUAGCAAUCGGCCACGUCAGAUACUCAACCGCCGGCUCCUCGAUGCUCAAAAACGUCCAGCCUUUCGUCGCGGGGUAUCGAUUCGGCUCCGUAGGUGUUGCACACAACGGGAACUUAGUUAACUACACGAAGCUAAGAGCUGAGUUAGAAGAGAACGGUUCGAUUUUUAAUACUAGCUCUGAUACCGAGGUCGUGCUUCAUUUGAUUGCGAUUUCAAAAGCUAGACCGUUUUUCAUGAGGAUUGUUGAUGCUUGUGAGAAGCUACAAGGUGCUUACUCGAUGGUGUUUGUUACUGAGGAUAAGCUUGUGGCGGUUCGUGACCCGCACGGGUUUAGACCUUUGGUGAUGGGUAGGAGAAGUAACGGAGCUGUUGUGUUUGCUUCGGAGACUUGUGCUCUUGAUUUGAUUGAGGCUACUUAUGAGAGAGAGGUUCAUCCUGGUGAGGUUUUGGUUGUGGAUAAAGAUGGUGUCAAGUCUCAGUGUUUGAUGCCUCAUCCUGAACCAAAGCAGUGUAUUUUCGAACAUAUUUACUUCUCGUUACCGAACUCGAUCGUGUUUGGUCGGUCUGUGUAUGAGUCUAGGCAUGUGUUUGGUGAGAUUUUAGCUACGGAGUCACCUGUUGAUUGCGAUGUGGUGAUCGCUGUGCCUGACUCUGGUGUUGUGGCUGCUCUGGGUUACGCUGCUAAAUCCGGUGUAGCGUUUCAGCAAGGGUUGAUUAGGUCUCAUUACGUUGGAAGGACGUUUAUUGAACCUUCUCAGAAGAUCAGAGACUUUGGAGUGAAGCUGAAGCUGUCUCCUGUCCGUGGAGUUUUGGAAGGGAAAAGAGUUGUUGUUGUGGAUGACUCAAUCGUUAGAGGAACGACGUCGUCGAAGAUUGUGCGUCUCUUGAGAGAAGCUGGUGCUAAAGAGGUUCACAUGAGGAUUGCGAGUCCUCCUAUCAUUGCAUCGUGUUACUACGGUGUGGACACGCCUAGCUCAGAGGAGUUGAUAUCGAAUAGGAUGAGUGUUGAUGAAGUCAGGGAUUACAUCGGAAGCGACUCUCUUGCCUUCUUGUCCAUUGAAACGUUGAAGAAACAUCUCGGGGAGGAGGAUUCUAAAACCUUCUGCUAUGCUUGCUUCACAGGGAACUAUCCGGUGAAGCCUACGGAGGAUAAGGUGAAGCGAGGAGGUGGAGACUUUAUCGAUGAUGGUCUCGUUGGAGGUAUUAACAACAUUGAAGGAGGUUGGGUUCGAUAGGUGACGAAGUGAAACAAUUUUGGGUACUAAUGGAGUUAUAUGAUGACGAAAACUUUGUUGAAUUUUGAUCCAUUUGACCUAAAUGUUGCAUACUUACUAUUAUUAUUUUCAAGUCUAGACAAGAGGUUGUUCUUGUCUGAAGAAUCUUUUGAAAGUGUUGUGUUCGUUUUGUCUCAUUUGCAAACUUCUUAAGCAGAGUUUCUG